AUGGUAAACAAGGGAUUGAUCCUUCAUUUUCUUCUGGAUGCAUCUCUAGUAGUCAUUGCCAGGAAUUCCGUUCAAGGAUCUUUUAUUGUUGAGUUCCAGGACAAUCAGAAUUUGUCGGCUUAUCACCGUCUAACGGGAUCAAAAGCCAACAUUUUGAUGAGUUUCGACUAUAACCUCUUCAAGGGCGAGUCGAUUGAAUUCAAAGAUUCUCAGGCGGCAGAUAAAGCUGCGGAUGAGCUUCUAAAGCUUGACUGUAUUAAAAAUGUCUGGCCGAAGCAGAUUUAUCCCCGACCUGAUGCCAGGGUUAUUUGGACUACCCCAUCAGAGGAUCCCAUGUUCCAAGUAAAGAGACGAAACACCAAAGAUACUUUUUCGCCACACAUCCAAACUCAGGUGGACAGACUGAGGGCCGAAGGCAUAACUGGUCAAGGCGUUAAAAUUGCGGUUAUUGACAGUGGCAUUGAUUACACACAUCCUGCUCUUGGAGGCUGUAUUGGGUCCAAUUGUUUAGUCACUGACGGUUAUGACCUUGUCGGAGAUGCAUAUACCGGCGCCGAAGCUCCUAUUCCGGAUUUAGACCCCUGGGACGGCUGCAGUGGGCACGGAACACAUGUCGCUGGUAUAAUUGCCGCUCAAGAAAAUCCGUAUGGUUUCACAGGUGCAGCACCUGGGGUCAAAUUGGCUGCUUACCGCGUAUUUGGCUGCGAGGGUGGAGCCAGUACUGAUGUACUGAUCGAUGCAUAUAUGCGUGCUGUGGAAGGCGGCGCCAACAUCAUCACUGCAUCCCUUGGGGGCCCUGGGGGUUGGAGCCAGGAUCCUUGGUCUGUCGUAGUUACAAGAAUUGUCGACUCUGGAAUACCAUGCAUCGUUUCGGCCGGGAACGAUGGCAGUAAAGGCCUUUUCUACGCUCAGUCUCCUGCCAGCGGGAAGAGAGCGGCUUCCAUCGCCUCAUAUGAUAACUCUAUCUAUCCCAUGCUCUUGGUUUCCUCGAACUUCACCAUCAAUGGAGGCGCAUCUCAAAACUUUGGUUAUACCCCUGGAACUCCUAGGUCCUGGGCCAGGGUCGUAUUGCCUCUGUGGGCCGCUUCUUUCAAUACAACUGAAAACGGCCAAGGCUGCACAAAGUUCCCUGACGAAACUCCGGAUCUCUCCAACAAAAUUGUAUUAAUACGCCGAGGAGGUUGCACGAUAGACCAGAAAGCCGACAAUGCCGCAGAUAAAGGUGCCCGGUAUAUUCUGUUCUACAACAACAUUGGUGGUACUAGUGCUCCGGAAGUUUCAAACACUGGAGUCCUUGGGACCGGAAUGUUAAGAGCAAGUACUGGUGCGACUCUUGUCAACGCUUUAGCCUCAGGCUCUGAGGUAGUUGCGUCCAUGGGUGAUCCGGUAGUGGCUGCGCGGUUGGACGCGGAAGUAAACAACAGAACUGGAGGAUUUUUGACCACUACUUCAAGCUGGGGGCCUGCAUGGGACGGCGAUAUGAAUCCAGAAUUCGGCGUACCGGGUGGUUAUAUCCUAUCCACCUACCCCGUCUCACUUGGGAGCUAUGCCGUAUUCUCUGGUACUUCUAUGGCAUGUCCGCUUGCUGCGGCUAUUUAUGCCUUGCUGUCCAAUGUCCGGAGGACGCUUGACCCAGUUCUUCUUCACCAGUAUCUUUCCCAGACAGCGAAACCAAACCUAUUCAAUACCGGGGACUCUACUUUUCCUUUCCUCUCUCCAGUGGCUCAACAAGGAGCUGGUAUGCUUCAAGCCUGGGAUGCUGCACAUACCAAUACACUUCUCAGCCGUUCUUGCAUAAUGUUCAACGAUACCGAGCACCUAAACAAUCCGGUCAAUUUCACUAUUACCAACACUGGAGAUCGAGAUGUCGCUUACAAUAUAAGCUCAAUCGGCGCCGCUACCGCUUACACUUUUUCAAACAAUACCUCACCGGAUUUCUUUCCUGGCCUGAAAACAGACGGAGACUUUGCUCAUCUAAGCAUAAGUGAGUCUAAGCUCACCAUACCUGCUUAUGGAAAUGUAGUCGUCACAGUCACAGUAACGCCACCUGCAGUGGAUGGCAAAUUUCUACCUGUUUACUCGGGCUACAUUACAAUCAACGCUACCAAUGGAGAAAAUUUGUCUAUUCCAUACCAAGGUAUUGUGGGUAGUCUUAACAGUCGACGUGUGUUGGGUGACUGGACCCUGUCCGCUGGCAGUACCACGGACAAUCCCAUCACUACUAGCAAUUCGACAUUUGUGGUACCCCAUCCCGGGAGUAAUAAUUCAAACUCAAACACUAGUUAUAUCAUUCCUACAGCCGUUGCCGACAUGGUUUUCGGGUCACCAUUAGUACAUGUGGAGGCUGUUCGAGUAGACUGUGGGUCGAUCGCAAUUGGGAAUGCUUCGUGUAAAGCUAUCGACGUCUUCGGCUCUCCUAUGCGAUGGGUGUCACGCGUUCAGCUCAGCUUCAAUUUCAACGGUACACUCGGAGAUAAGACAAUCGCCCCUGCUGGCCGCUACAGGCUACGUGUGCGUGCACUUCACAUCUUCGGAAAUGAGGACAACGACGAUGUCACUCAGUGGGAUUUAGCUGAGACACCGGAAUUCUUUAUUCGAUACAGCUGA